AUGGAUUUCAUCAAGACCAGUUCCCGGCGUGCUCUGAUUGAGUUAACUUUCCAACGCAACUGGAACGGUCUAAUUUGGAUGAGUAGAAAAGGAGUUAUAACCAAAAGAGUAAAGACUGUCCAGACGGCUCUAUCGAGAAAGCAGCGCCCAACCGCGCAGUCCGGCUGGCCGAGAAACUAUUGUUUCGCGCUCGGCCAAAAUCAUAUCCGUCCAUCUGAAGUCUCGGCCAAAGUUCGAAGUCAACCGGCCGAUCACAAAUCGCGACCCAGGGAAUAUUGCCCCGCGGUCGGCCAAGCCACCAUCACAUCACGCCGCUACGCGCACGACCAUGCCGCGCGAGCCGGGGAACAAGGCCUCGCGGCCGCUAUGGAUAUUGGGAUAUUAAGAACCAUCUAG